ACCUCAUUAGAUAUAUCUUUCUUUUCCUUCCUUUUACUGAAGAAUUGACGCACACUGUAUCAGAGAAACAUCUUGAUAUAUUUAUAUUUGGAUGGAUAAGGCAAAAAAAAUUUCUGAUCUUGAUAUAUUGCAUUUAAUAAUUGUAUGAUGUUAUUACUAUUUUUAAAAUAUAUAAUGAUCUGGAGUGUUCAUUUUAUUAUUUUGUAAUAUAGUGUCAUGAGUAAGUAUACAGAUCUCUUUUGUCACCUAUUAAAAUAUCAUAAAUGAUAUCUUGAUGAAAAAAAUGAAAAUUGUCUGAACUCCCAUAUGGGAAGCAUUAUAAUAGACAGCAUUCAAGCACUGUAGGCCUGAACCAUGAGAGUGCAAAGUCUGGAUGUUCAGAUCUGGGGUUUUGGUCUGGACUUAUCUCUAAUUUAUGUGCUGUCACAUAGGUGGUGGUCGGAGAAAUUGUUUACCUAUGUGAUAAAACUGAAUUUAAGAUGCACCUUUGUCUGCCUCACUUGCAUACUUCCUAGCAAUCCAUCGUUACUUCUACUGCUUCUAAUAUUCUAAACUCCUCAGCUCCUUUUGUAUAGUUUCCAUGAAAAAUAAACAGCCCAAACAAACAAAACCCCCACAACUUGCCAUAGAAAUGUUAUCUCCUUUUGCAUCCUGCUUAAAAACACAGUUGUUAUAUCACGUAAAGUCCAAAUUCACCACACACACCUCUUCCUAGGAUUAGGCUUUAUUAAAAAGAAAACUAUAGUAAGAUAAAGAUCACCUCAAAUCUUCUUUUCAGCGUGGCUAUUUCUAGAGCUCUUUUCUCAGGACUCCUAGAGCCUCUCUCCCAAAGAGCCAUUCCCACCUCUCCUUAUAACCAGGAAGGGGAAGGAUUCCACAGAAUAGACCUUUUCUCUGUAGUGGUUUCAACUGUAAUAUGCCAUCUGGAGGGGAGUUGAGACACCAGCCACCUUUCCUCCCUCAGCAGGCGUGAAUUUGGACCUCAGAAAUUAGUGUCCCCAUAUCUGCUUAUUGUGCAGAAUCAAGCAGAGGGGAAAAAUGGAACAUGAAAAAUUCAGUUCAAGUGGUUAAAACAGUUUCAAUUGAUACAUUUUCCAUUUAAUGUUAAAAUUUCCCUUGUAUGAGUCUAAAAACUCCACAAAGCUUUUUAACCCUUAGGAAACUGACAAGUUCCUAAGAGUUGAACAUCUGAGUACUGGCUAAUUUCUGGCCCUCGAGGUGCACUGUGCUUGGGAGGAAAAAGUACUUUAGGUUGUUGCAAUGUGGCUCAGCUUAAGUCUCAUGAAAUGAGGAAGUCCAACCCUACCCUAACUUUGCUCCCACCCAAGCUCCCAUGUCCCACCGUUCCCUGAUGCCUGUGUGUUGGGGCUAGAGAAAUAUCAGAUACAGGCUGUUCUCCUCCCCUUAUAAACAUACUCAGUCUUUUUCUCUCAUGCACGCGCACGCACGCGCGCGCACACACACACACACACACAGAGUAUGUGCUUUUCUUUAUCUGAAUGUGAAAAUUGUAAUCACAUAUUGACAUGUGAGCAACUUCUGUUACAGUAUUGUCUUUUUAAAAACAAACUUCCUUUUGUUUAUAUAUUAUUUUAUUUCUUUGUUUAUGUUUAAGUAUAUUGUUUUAUGUAAAGCCAGAGUUUGAUCUGCUCUCUCACAUUUCCUUUAGGCAAGCUCCUGUCCUUUAAAUGUACUCUAUGUUGAUAAAGCAUGUGAAAGCAUCAAGGAUUUUUCUUUAAAUCAGAUGUAGACAAUGAACGUAUUACUUCCCUUAAACAUCAAUUUUCAUUAAAACAGUUACAUCUGGAAUAUUUUACAUCAAGCAGUCUGGACCUUUAAUCUCUUCUUGUACUGAUAUAUAAUUCAUCAGAUCAUGUCAUCAGACAUAGCUAACCCACGUGUAUGAAAUGUGGAGAAAGUCCUAGAGUAUCUUAUGAUCAGAUAUUUAUAGAGAGCUAUUAGUGGAUCUGGACUCUUCAGAGAUCAUUUUUCAAUACAUGAAAAUAUCAGAUUCAGCUUAAUAAUCACUUGUUUAAAGCGUGAGGUCCUGUAUGUUCUUCUCAAAAGCUAAAAAAGUGUUCUUAUGGAUGUGCCGCUUCAGAUGCACAUGUGCCUGUGCAGUUGAAGUGCUGCACCCUUAAGGGGGCACAUCUUGAAGCAAUCCAGUUACUGCACCUGUACCUAAGUCCUCUGUGUUUCUGGAAAUCCACAAUUAACCUGAAGAUUUAAAAAACUGCCUCCUAUAUAGAACUUUUUUUUCCUCGCUGCUUGUGAUCCAAGUUAUACAGAUAUAAAAUGUCUAAUUCUAAAUAUGUGAAUGAUGAAGACUUUGAUGAUAACAUCCCCACCCAGAAUGUUAUUCAGCAGAGCUUGCAGCAUAUCCAUACAAGUGAGACAGUUACAGAUACUGCAGAGAGUGAUAGAUUCCAGUUUGUUAUGAGCACAGAACAUGGAAAGAUAAUCACAGCAAUACGGGCAGGCCAAGAAGCAGUCUUGCUGAAGUUGAUGAGGCACUGUUCAGCUUUUAAGGAAGCUGAUCAGCGAGGCUGGCUUCCUUUGCAUGAAGCUGCAGCACAAUUAAACAAGAACAUCCUAGAAAUAACUCUGAAGGCUUCAGACCCCAUUGUGUGGGAGCAGACCAGUCUGAAAGGGGAAACUCCUCUCUUUGUAGCAGUAGACAAAGGUUUCUUAGACAAUGUUCAUGUUCUCCUGCUCAAUGGCUGCAAUCCUAAUGUUAAGAAUGAAGAAGGAGAUUCUUCUUUAGUUAUAGCAAUUAAACAUGAUUUAUAUGAAAUUGCCUCCCUGCUGAUAAGGUUUGGAGCAAAUGUAAACUUGCAGGGUGUCAAUAAGAGGACAGCUUUACAUGAAGCAGCCAGACUAGGCAGGAAAGAUAUCUUGAACCUUCUGCUUUGCUCUGGAGCAGAUCCUGAUCCCCGCAGUGCAUAUGGGCUCACUCCCCUUGCGCUGGCUGCACAGAUUGGGCAUACAGAAAUUAUGGAAAUUUUACUGCGAAAAGGUGCUGAUGUCCUUUCACAGGCAGCUGAUUGUGCUUCCAUAUUAUUUGAAGCUGUUGGAGGAGGAAAUCCAGAUUCACUCUCUCUUUUACUAGAAUAUGGAGCUGAUGCCAAUGUGCCAAAACACACAGGUCACCUGCCUAUCCACAGAGCUGCAUACAGAGGACACUUUCUAGCUUUAAAGCAGCUAGUUUCAGUUACGGAUUAUGCUGCCAUUAAGGAGAGUGGGAUAAGUCCAGUUCACUCAGCAGCAGCAGGAGCACAUCCUCAGUGCCUCGAGUUUCUCCUCAAAUCUGGGUUUGAUGCCAAUUUCAUGUUGCAUGAGAGGGUUUGCAAAGGCUACGAUGAUCAGAGGAAAUCAGCUUUAUAUUUUGCUGUCUCAAAUGGGGAUGUUUGCUCAACUCAGCUGCUUCUGGAUGCUGGAGCCCUGCCAAAUCAAGACCCCAUUAAGUGCCUCCAGCUAGCCUUGAGAAUGGGCAACUAUGAGCUAAUCAAUCUACUGCUUCAGCAUGGGGCCAAUGUAAAUUACUUCUGCAGAGUGAAUACGACGCAUUUUCCCUCAGCUCUGCAGUACUCUCUAACAGAUGAAAUCAUGUUAAGAAUGUUGCUGAAUUAUGGGUACGAUGUGUACCGCUGCUUUGAUUGUCUUCAUGGAGACGACAUUCGUUCCCCAUAUGCCUUUGAAGGAUGGACUCCUUCUGUUAUCAAAGACAACAUGUUCUGUGAAGUGAUAACGCUGUUAUGGCUGAAACACGUAGCUGGGAAAGUAGUGCGAGUGAUGCUCGAUUAUGUUGAUCAUGUUAGCAUCUGCUGUAAGCUGAAAGCAGUUCUCAAGGAACAGACACUGUGGCCAGAAAUCAAUUCCAUUUUGAGCCCAGGGCGCCAUCUCAUUUCAUUGACAAUUACAGCAGGUAAGGUACCUGAGAUUUAUUAUAGUCAUUCUGUAGGAUCUAAAUUUGUAUUAUUUGUUUUGUUUCCUGCUGUGACUGGGUGUUUGUGCUACAAUUUUGAGACUUGAGAUACCAAUUCAAUAUUAUUUGUCAUCUACUUUGCUAUCUAAAAACCGAUGGGAACCCUAUUCUGGUCAAACUGGUAAGUUGUGGCCAUUUUCCAGGUUGCAGACAAGUUUAAGGAUUAGCGCAAUCAGUUAAUGGGAAUCCCGUAUUACAAAAUCUUCAAAUAGAUGGGAGUCCAACAACAGUUCCUUUUUGGCAAAUAAUUUGUCUCUAGCUUUAGUCGACAUCUAAACUAAAAGAAGGUCAAUCUGUAAUUCAAAGGUAUUUAUCUAGGUUAGAACACAGCCUUCUGAACACAAUCUGUGCAUCUCCCCUACACAAUACCAUGUCAGUAGGGUGGAAAUUAACUACCCCAGCAAAAGGAUACUGGCAGAAUAGCCCUCUAACAAGCUAUACAAAUUCUAUGUAGUGUUCAGAUAAGCACACUGAUUAGUAUGAAAGUCCCAACACUAAUGGGAGCAAACAAUCCCAAUUCUCUGAAAUAUCCCUUCAAUAAGAAUAAUGCAAUAAAGCUUUAAGGAAAAUUUUAAAUUGAAUAUCAAGAAAACUUCAAGUUGGUACUGUCUCCCACAUGAAGUGCGGUGGCUGUUACACUUAAUUGGCCAACCCACUUAGCAAUCCUUCACAGAGAGAUAACUAGAUCACCUAAUGAACUAGAAACUGAAAAGACACGAUUUUAUAUGCUUCCCAUGGGUUUUUGGAAAUUUUUACUUGGAUUUUAAGCAGGUAGGGGCAGUAUAUUGUGUGAUGCAAUAAGCGUGAAGUAGGCUGUCACCUGGUCUGCAAGAAGGGGAUGCUGGCAAAAGAAAUAUAAGUGAGCAAAGUUAGCCAGAAAUGUAAGCAGCCAGGUCAAAUUGUGGAGAUAGAAAGUCCAAAACUCCUGAUGCCAUCCAGCCUUUUAUAAGCCUAAGAUCAGAAACAGGGAGAAAAAUCUGCAUAUGCUGCCUUUCGAUCUUCAAGUUGUCAAGAAUAAAUGGGUAGUCUUCUAGAUUGGAGGACAGGUAUUCAUGGGAAUGGCUGUGUACAGUAAAUUGUAUAAUGAAUAAGAAAUGACAUUUAGAACAUGUAGAAAGCCUUAUGUAAACAGGAAAAUAUACAUAAGUUGAAAGUGACCCAGAGAUACAGCUGUAUUUUCAUGUUUAGUACAUUGCCUCACGUUACUGUACUACACUAGAUUUUCCCUGACACUGAUACAUAAAUGCAUCUUCUAUUCAUUGGACUUCACUAUAUACAGUAAUCAGUGCAAAAAUAAAUAAAUUCUCUUACAUUAAAUGGUUUCCUAUUCGAGAUGAAAAGGUCAAAGCACUUUUGAUAUAGUACAAAAUAAGUUAUGUACAUCAUGCAAUAGUAAGGAGAUCAGGCUUAAGACUUGUAAGCAGACACCUUUGAAAAAGUCUUCACGCAGUUUAGGUAGAAAGUAGGAUUUGUAUGCUUGCACCCUAUUGCUGUUAAAUAUUUUUUGCAAAACACAUUUACAUGCAAUGAUCCAAACACCUUCCCCCCCGCAAACUCUUUCUAGUAAAUUUAGUGAACUGAUUCUAAGGUAUGUGGGUAAUUCAGCAGAUCUUCAAACAGCUGGUUUAAUCCAACAUUUUCACAAUGUUAACAUACUUAUUAUUAUAAAGUAAACCCCAAGUACUGGACAGUUAACUACAGUUCCAUGACAGAGAACUGAGAAUGUAGUAUUUUCGCUUCAAAAUGAGAAUACAGUGUGUAUACUCCCUGAAAGUAAAAGGAUUUAUAACACAAUUCUCCAAUCACCAAGAUGCAAAUACAUCCUUCUAAUUCUUAUCUACGUUAAAUGGAGUAAAAUCUUUUUUAUCAUCCAAGAAAGUGUCCUAAGUUAUAUUAACAAGAAAUGGACACAGUACCAUCCAAUUCAACAUAAAACAAAUAUUAAAAUCUCUCGCUCAUCAAUCUAAAACUAUUGCACAUUUAUCUGGUGUUACUGAGGAUUAAUUUUUUUUUUUAAACAAACCAGAAACAAUUCUCUGCAACAGUAUUUAGAUACAGCUUAGCAUUGUGUCAGUUCAAAGCCCACUUUUGUUCCUUGCAAAAUGUUCUGUGUACAGCCAUUUAAAGAACAAUAUUUCAGUGUACUGUUGAAGCCCAAUCAGAAGAUUAAUUUUUGCUUUAAAACAGCCAGCUGCACAAUCAGGUAAGUGAAAAAAGUUUCCAUAAUUAAGAGAAGUCUUGAAGAUGUAAUUCUGUAGCAAACAUGGCAAUGUCACCAUGCUUCUUUAUCACACAUGGAAGAAGGUACAUAUUUACAUUAAAAGGCAAAGUUAGUUAAUGAAUGUUCAAAAGAAAAAAACAACAAAGUAUAAUCUGGUCAGCAUAUUGUUAAAUCUUCUAUAUAAUAAGCAGACCCUCCACCUCUAUUUUUCUUCUUGUGUAAUUUUUGCCAUUUCACCACAGAUACGUCCAAAGAUUCCAGUUUUAACAAUAUUAGUAA